AUGAAGCGUCCGGCGUCGACGCGUGCCGCUCCCCGUCUCCGCGUCUGGGAUCCGUCUGUUCGCUUCGGAGACGCCGACGCGUCGACCUCGGGCGUGGACGUCCCGAGCGUCCUCGGCGACGAGCUCACCGUCGCCGCCGCGCAACGCCGCGCAGCGCUCGAGCUGGAGCUGCACUCGCGGGUGAAGCGCGCGCGAAGCGACUUGAGCGCGAUCACGAAGGGGACGAUCGAGGGGGCGAAAGGGUCACCGUUGUUGUUGUUUGAGCGUUGGUGCGCGCGGUGCGCAUUGGCGAGCGCGUUCGGCGAUGAAGACGCGCUCGCGGCGCCGUUGCUCCCUGGAAGCGAUCCGGAGGAUGGGUUAAUGAAAGAUUUACGGAGGCACGGCGCGGAUCCCGACGCGGCAGCGCGAGGAGCGAACGAGGCGGUUAGGCGCUCAGCGGCGGCGGCGGCUCGAUGGCGGGCUGCGAGCGAAGACCCGUCGUUUGGAUUGGAUGCGCGCGUGGUCAUUCGAGACACCGGGCCGUUCGUGAGUUUUCAAUUGAAUCAAAAGAAACCGUACGUGAAGGUGACGAAAACGCAUCUGGGAAAACUUCGCGCGUUGUACUGUAGAACAUGCCGCCGAGGAAAGCCGCUCUCGGAAGAUGUCAACUCGAGCGAGUACAUAGUUUUUGCCUACUGCGUCUUUGCUUUGUUACUCAGGUACGGUGAGUCACUCGGCGGCGCUGGAUAUCAGGCUGCGCUCGGAGAGGACGCGUUUGACGUCUUGAAAGAGCGAUUGGGCGUCUCGUGUGAAUGCUUUGCGUCUCCUCUGAACGCGAGGUAUGCCCGAUUUUGUUCCGCGUUUUUCGAUGUGGACAAAUAUUUCGGAAGUCUUGGAAAUUUCUUCGGACAUGGUUUCAAACCGCGAGCCGGCUCGUUUGAGAUGAAUCCACCUUUCGUACCGGAAACCAUGCUCGCGGCGGUGGAGAAGGCGAGUGCGCUCUUGGAUGAGGCGCAGAAACGCGGAGCUGCGCUCUCCUUUGUCGUGGUCGUGCCCGCGUGGAAGGAGUGCAAAUUUUGGCACUUCCUCCAAUCAUGUUUGCACCUACAACACUGCGACAUUGUCGACGCUGAAUCUCACGGCUUUUGCGACGGUGCGCAGCACGUUAGACCGAUGCACGAACGUCAUCGUGUCUCCAGCUUUGACACGGGCGUGUGUUACCUCCAGACCGCCGCCGCCGCCGCGCACCGACCCUGCGACCGUGCCCUUCGCGACGUCGUCACGUCCGCCAUGAAGCGCGCGCUCGGGACGUGCAAAAAUGUGGAGGAGCUCGAGCGCCGGUAUCGUCCACCGACGAAGCGCGCCAAAAGUUCUCUAUCGAUGUAG